CCUGUUUCUCAUGAUUUACAAUAAAUUGUAAUUUUUGCAUUAAUUUUUAUAAAUAAUUAUCUUAACAAAUUACAAAUUCUAAUAUAAAUAAUUAUAAAUUCAAUAAUUUUACACUAAAUUGUAUUCUCUAAAUAAAAAUAUGAGAUUAAAAGCAUAAAAUACAAAAAAAAAUCGACAACUGCAGGAUUCGAACCUGCGCGGGUAAACCCAAAAGAUUUCUAGUCUUCCUCCUUAACCACUCGGACAAAUUGUCUUGAUUGAAACUCUUCCUUUUACUACAGCCUUGUUUAAUUGUAUUUUUGCAUCAGAUAUUAUUAUGAUUUUUAUGACUUUAAUAAAUGAUUUAUAAACAUAAACAAUUUUGUUUAAUUGA